AAACAGCAGUGCAGCGACCUCAGCUUUAAGAAAACCAGCAGUUUCCCUCGGAGACAGCACAGAUUUGAGAGUCAUACUCAGUGUUCUGUAUACAUUCGUAGAAGUGAUGAGGGUUUCUGCAGACUCAGACUCAGAUGAAAUGAAAAAGAUUCAAGAGAAUUUUAAAAAUGAGCUCAGCCAGCCACUUAUUGGUGAUGAACUGCUAGCAGUAACACUGUUUCAAAUGGUUACCAGGUUCUGCAGUGGGUCAGCUCCACAUUUUCCAAUCAAAAAAGUUCUUCUUUUGCUUUGGAAAACAAUUUUGUUGUCUCUUGGAGGUACUGAAGAGUUACGUAAGUUAAAAACGAAAUAUCGGGAAGAAGCUGGAUUGUCUCCAGUUCCAGAUGAUACCAUAGAGGUCACAAGGACCAUGCGGGCUGCCUCACCUCCUGCUUCAGCAGCAGAUUUAAUUGAAGCUCAACAGCAAAGGAGAAACAACAGACCAUUUAAAAGGAGUUUAGCUAAACAAAGUAGCAUGGAAGAUCCUUUGGGAUUUCAAGAUAUGGAGGGAGAAAAUGGGACCGAUGAAGAGCUUCGUGACAUUGAAGAACGACAGGUUGCUCUUGAAGAAGCUCGUCUAUCUAAUGAAGAACCUAGACCACCAUCCCCUCGUCCAUCUACACCAGUUCCGAGUGGAGUACAGUGCCAUGCUCUGCUGUUACCUAAUAAAGGACUUCCAUGGGUACCUAAAGUACGACAGAAAGAUAUAGAAAACUUUCUGGAUCAUACGAGAAUGAAGUUUGUUGGAUUUCAACUACACAAUGAUAGGUCUUCAUUGGCUGGUCUCCCUCAGCCUAUCCAUGAAGGAUUAAAGGUUUUAAAACAGCAUAUGUAUACAUCUCUAGCUGAAAUACAGAUUAAGAAGGAAGAGGAUAUUGCAAAACACCCUUUAUCUCAGAAGGAGUGUAAUGUUACUCAGAACGCUGUUGAAUUAUUUUAUCAGGUCAUGUUUCCUAAUCUUCCACAGUACAUGAUUGCACUUCUGAAGAUUCUUCUUGCUGCAGCACCUACAUCCAAAGCUAAGACGGAGUCAAUCAACAUCAUUUCUGAUGUUCUACCAGAAGAAAUGCCAAUGACUGUUUUACAGUCGAUGAAGUUAGGGAUUGAUGUCAAUCGACAUAAAGAAAUCAUCGUCAAGGCAAUAUCUGGAAUCUUACUUCUCCUCCUGAAACAUUUCAAGAUUAACCACGUUUACCAGUUCGAGUAUAUGAGCCAACAACUUAUGUUUGCCAACUGUAUACCCUUGGUGUUGAAGUUUUUCAACCAAAACAUAAUGUCAUAUGUGGGUGCAAAAAAUACGAUCUCAGUCAUUGAUUUUCCUGCGUGUGUUAUUGGUGAACAGCCUGAACUUACAGCUGAGACUCUG